CGAUGGCCGACGAAGCGACGGACGCGGUGUGGAGGUUUUUGGAACAGAAUGCCAGCCACUCGCGGUUGUGGCCACAUCCGCAGCUGUAUCCGAUGCGUGGUACUCUGUGGGACCUCGCGAUCCAAACGAUCCCAUUGUUUUCACGCGUAGAGCUGCACGCAUUGGACGAAGCGUCGCGGUUCGUGGAUGUUGUCGGUCCGUCGACUAAAUUGUUCGUGAUCCACUACUGCUCGCACAAACCAGAUCCAGAGCGCAUGUGGAAAUGGUUUGACGAGCUGGUUCGCCUUCCCGUGUGCGGACUCAAGUGCAUGAUGUGUCGGGGAUAUUGCGACAGCACGUCGCCGUUGAUUUCGAAUCUGUGCAGGUCGUGGCCAGGGUUGGGGCACCUCCGGACAUUGGAGAUCUCGAUCGGCGACGAAGCGUUGCUGGUGCUCCUCUGGCGCUGCUUGGCCUCGUCCCGCAUCACGAAAUUGUUUCUACAGGCCCCCAUGUGGGGUCACUAUAAUCCGAGGCUGUCGGCCCCCCUUGCGCUGGAAGGUGCGAUUUGGACGGAUGCCGUGGCGUGGCUGCGCUCGGCCGAGGUCGUCCAGUUUCACCUGGAAAGGUUUCGAAUCGACUGUAGCGGCGGCGCCAUGGACGCGUUGAACACGGCGUUUGCUGUGUCGAUCGCGAUGCGGGUCUCGAUUGGAACACGUGCACCAUUCGCGUCGUCGCGCCAGUCAUGUUUCCGCCGCGGCUGCAGCGAGUAACGCUGCAUAGCUGUGCAUUCGAAGGCAUCAAGGUCGACACGUACUUUAAGUUGCUGCCCGGGCUCAGCCACCUCGUGCGACUCGACUUGACCAACCUUCGCAUGACCCCCACGGAUGUCGACGCACUGGCAAGUGCGCUGGUCCAGUCGCAUGUCGCUGUGCUGUGUCUGAACAAGGGCUCGUUGAACGUGCACGACCAAGACUGCAUGAUCCGUCUCGCCAAGGCGUUCGAAACCACUGCGACGCUGCACACGCUCAACUUGUCUGGCAAUGUGCUUAGCUUUGAAGUCGUCGAUGCAUUUUUGGCGGCGACCGAGCGGCGGCGCUAUAUGACCAAGGAGGUCGUCUUGCCUCUUGUGCGGAAGCAACAGCAACAGGCCGAGAUUUGUCGGAUGAUUAAGACGCGGUUGCCGCCCACCGUCAAAGUCACCCUGACACGCUAGCGCUUGUGGUGGACAAGUGGCCAGCUUGCCUUGCCUGGUUUCCGCACAACGUGGGCAAGAGCUGGUGUGGAGAGCGUGGUGGGUGUACCAAGUCCAGAGGUCGCCGGCGACGCAACCCUCUGUGGACGUCCCAUCGUAGUAUAGGUCCUGUACGGACGCACGUAGGAACUGUUCGACUUUCAGUGCAUGACGCCCCGAUGAUUCAGUCCAUCGAGGCAAUUUCGAAUCUGCAUCCCUCUGCACGUUUGGAUGCAGCGCCGUGACAGACGACGAUGCGUCUAUGUCAAAGGAACAAGGGCACAAGACGUCCUCGCCGUCCAAGGCGGUGGUUGCGCUGAU